GGAAAGCUAAGAAAAUAGUCAAAACAACUGAUCAGCAAGCAGGCGUGUUUUCUGAAUUUUGCCGGAUCUGAGAAUUAAUAAAUCUCCUCUUUCCUUUUUAAUUGUCAGCUUAAACAUACUAAAAUGGUGUUUUUGUCAAACAUGAUGAACUUUGCCAUGAGAUUCGUUGGAAGUUUGAACUGCAAAGGCCCUGACAAAUUUUGGAGGAAGAGGAAAUAUUUUAAAAUGUCAGCUCACUUUACGGGCAGAAAAAGAAAUUGCUUCCGAAUUGGAGUUCGAUAUGUCCACAGAGCCUUGGUUUACAACACACAGAACAGAAAGUUGCACAAAGAAAGCAUAAAAAAUCUUUGGGAUACUCGGUUGAACGGUGCCUGCAUGGAGCACGGUUUCUCCAGCAAACUUUUGCUGAGCUCAUUGGAGAGGCAAAACAUCAUGCUCGACCGCAAAUCUCUGUCGAAUUUGGCCAUUUGGGAACCCAGAACAUUUAAAUCGCUCAUGAAUAUUGCCUGGAUGACAUCGUCGCAGGAAAAGAUGAGAGGAAUUGAAGAUCUUGGACCUGCACCAAAGAAUGUGAUUGUUCCAAAGAUUGAAGAGGUCGAUUAAUUUUUGAAGACUGUAGCAAAUAAUAAUAAACCUAUUUAGAAAAAAA